AUGGAUUCUUUUAAUCUGUUGAACAAUCGGUUUAUGCAAACUGCUUUGGAGAGAAAAUCUUUGAGAUCUAUAAACUUAAGUUAGAAAAAUCUUGAUACUUAAUUUGAUUAUGACCUUUGGGAUAGAAAUGAUGGUUUGGAUUCACCAAUGACACCAAAAAUAAAACUCCCUAAUCAAUUCUUACCAAAAUUUAUAAAAACUGUAAGAAUUUAAAAUUAAAGGCUUUUAAGUAAGGAUUUGAAAUGA